GCUAAGGAGAGCAACUCCACUCACUCUGUGUUUCACUUGCUGCCUUUCAGUUGCAAAGCAUAGCUGUUCUCACACCUGCCUUGUAGCUAGAGUGGUUAGCAGAGAAGGGAAGCAGUGGAGUUCAGGUUCAGCCAUGGAGGUUGAGGCUUCCUACAGCUAUGGCUUCCUUCCUUCAGGCAGGCACCAGCCUUAUGCACCACCUCCUCCCCACCCUGCAGAGGAAGGCGAAUUGUGGGAGUACUUUCCAUGCCCUUUCUGUUACAUCGAGGUUGAGGUGCCCUUCAUCUGCAACCAUCUUCAGGAAGAGCAUUGCUUUGACACCAGAAAUGCUGUGUGCCCGUUGUGCGCCGACAAUAUAGGGAGAGACAUGGGUGCCCAUUUCAGAGUUCAACACUCACAUCUUCUCAAGAGAAGGAAACCUUCUAGGCCCAGCAGCUCAUGGCCUACACCCUCCAACAAUUCAGACCCCUACUUUGAGGGGCCUCCACAGUAUAUGAUGAACAACAGGACAUACCAAGAUCCUGCACCUGAUCCACUGCUCUCCCAAUUUAUCUGCAGCAUGGCUCAAACUGACACUAACUCGGAUAACACAAACACUGAAAUUGCAGUUUCAGCAGUCUCACAUGAUCAGAGGUUGAGUCAGCGUGUGACUCUGACUGAUGAUGCAUCCAAGCUGGAACUCAAGGAAAGGUUGCAAAGAAUCGAGUUUGUCAAGGAGAUAAUCAUGUCGACAAUUCUUUAAUUUGUUGUCUAGUGUUACUUAGCAAGUUUUAUUUAUGUUUUGUGUUUUGUGAGCGCAGAUGUAUCAGUCAUGUAUGCGCAACAUCCCCUGGCUCACAGAUAUAUAAUCUAUACCAUGUAAUAUUCUAGUAGAUGAAUGCUUGCAUACUUUGGCUCCAAGUUUGUCAUAUGAAUUAUUAUACAUCUGGCAGGAGAAUAUGCCAUAUCCCAUACUAA